AAACCUACUAUUCUCUCCUCCUCCUUCUCCUUCUCCUUCUCAACACCACCAUUUUCUCAUUUUCUCAUUUUCUCAUUUUUCUGAUUCAAUUUUUUAUGCAAACAGUAGGCUAUGCACCUUUUUUCUUACUCCCUCAAAUCCAAAUGCAAUCCAUUCUCAUGAACUGAAGAAUUGGGUGGUCCUCCUCCUCCCUCAUCCAUCCAAUGCCCCAACAAAGAAGAAGAUGAUGAGAAAACCCAAACCCAUUGCCAUUAUCUGCUGUAUCAACCACCCACCUGAGCCCUUCCUCUCUCUCCUCCUCCUCAUCAAACCCUUCUCCUCCUCUUCCACCAUUGCCGCUGCUUCUCCUUCUCUUCCUCCAGUCCCCGAACAGCCACUGGAUCUCUCCUCCCAGCUCUUCGCCAUUCUCUCCCGCCCCAAUUGGCAACGCCACCCUUCCCUCAAGAAACUAAUCCCCUCCAUUUCCGCUUCCCACGUCUCUUCCCUUUUCGCUCUCAAUCUCGACCCCCAGACCGCCCUCGGCUUCUUCAACUGGAUCGCCCUCAAACCCGGUUACAGGCACACCGUCCAUUGCCAUUCCUCCUUGCUCAACAUUCUGAUCCCCAAUGGGUUCUUCCGGGUCGCCGAAAAGAUCCGAAUUUCGAUGAUCAAGGCUUCCACUUCCGCUCAGGAUGCCUUGUUUGUGCUCGAAUUUUUGCGGGGGAUGAACCGCGCACUAGAAUUCGAGUUCAAGCUCACUGUCAGGUGCUACAAUUUGCUCCUAAUGUCAUUGUCUAGGUUUUCCUUGUUUGAAGAUUUGAAAACUCUGUAUUUGGAGAUGUUAGACGAUAUGGUUUCACCGAAUUUGCAUACGUUUAAUACCAUGAUCAAUGCCUCCUGUAAAUUGGGCAAUGUGGCUGAGGCAGACUUGUAUUUUAGUAAGAUAGGGCAGGCGGGCUUGCGCCCUGAUACGUUUACCUACACUUCUUUGAUUCUGGGACAUUGUAGGAAUAAGGAUGUGGAUACUGGCUAUAGGGUUUUUAAGCUAAUGCCGCACAAGGGUUGUCAAAGAAAUGAGGUUUCCUAUACUAAUUUAAUACAUGGGUUUUGUGAGGCAGGUCGGAUUGAUGAGGCUUUCAAAUUGUUUUCUCAAAUGGGGGAGGAUAAUUGUUUUCCAACUGUGCGUACAUUUACUGUUCUUAUUUGUGCAUUGUGUAAAUUGGGAAGGAAAUUAGAAGCUAUGAAUCUAUUUAAAGAGAUGGCGGACAAGGGUUGUGAACCAAAUAUUCAUACUUAUACCGUGCUCAUUGAUAGUAUGUGUAAGGAAAAUAAGCUUGAUGAGGCUAGAAACUUGCUAAACAAGAUGUUGGAGAAAGGGUUGGUUCCUAGUGUUGUCACCUACAACGCAAUGAUUGAUGGGUACUGUACGGAGGGAACAGUUGAGGCUGCACUUGAUAUUUUGGCUUUGAUGGAAUCAAGUAAUUGUUGUCCAAAUGCUCGAACAUUCAAUGAAUUGAUUUCCGGGUUUUGUAAAAGGAAAAAUGUAUACCAGGCAAUGACACUGCUUAAUAAGAUGCUUGAUCGGAAGCUCUUGCCAAGCCUAGUUACAUAUAAUUCAUUAAUUCAUGGGCAGUGUAAGAUAGGCCAUUUUGAUAGUGCUUAUAGGUUGGUUAAUUUGAUGAAAGAUAGUGGUUUGGUUCCUGACCAAUGGACUUACAGUGUUCUCAUAGACACUCUCUGUAAGAGGGGGAGAUUGGAAGAAGCUCAUGCCCUGUUCGAUUCUCUCAAAGAGAAAGGCAUAAAGUCAAAUGAAGUGAUCUUUACUGCUUUGAUUGAUGGUUAUUGCAAGGUUGGGAAAAUCAGCGAUGCCCAUUCCUUGCUUGAUAGAAUGCUUGCAGAAGACUGUUCGCCAAACUCGUACACUUACAAUGCCUUGAUAGAUGUGUUGUGCAAAGAAAGAAAACUGAAGGAAGCAUUAUUACUGGUGGAAAAAAUGUUAAGUAUUGGUGUGAAACCUACGGUACCUACUUAUACAAUUCUAAUUAAGCAAAUGUUGAAAGAAGGGGACUUUGACCAUGCUCAUAGGCUUUUCGACCAGAUGGUGUGUUCUGGUAAUCAACCUGACCUAUUUACUUACACUACAUUUAUUCAUGCAUAUUGCGGCAUAGGGAAUGUAGAAGAGGCAGAGAAGCUGAUGAUUAAGAUGAAUGAAGAAGGAAUUAUAGCAGACUCAUUGACUUAUACAUUAUUAAUUAAUGCAUAUGGACGUAUGGGAUUAAUUGAUUUGGCAUUUGAUGUUCUUAAGCGUAUGUCAAAUGCUUGUUGUGAUCCUUCUCACUAUACAUAUGCCUUUCUGAUCAAACAUCUUUCGAAUGAAAAGUUAAUGAAGACAAACAAUAAUAUAGUGGGACUUGAUUUGGUCCCAAAUGUCUCCUUCAUCGAUAUUACUGGUGUUUGGAAGACAAUGGAUUUUGAAAUUGCUUUAGAGCUCCUUGAAAAAAUGGUUGGGCAUGGUUGUGCACCCAGUACAAACACUUAUGAGAAGCUUAUAGUAGGUCUUUGCAAAGAGGGACGCUUGGACGUAGCCCAGAGGUUAUACAGUCAUAUGAGAGAGAGAGGAAUUUCUCCCAGUGAGGAUAUUUAUAAUUCUCUUCUUACUUGUUGCUGUAAGCUGCAAGUGUAUGGAGAGGCAUCAAUAUUGGUGGAUGCGAUGAUUAAGGAUGGUUAUUUACCAACAUUGGAGUCCUCAACGUUGCUUGUAUGUGGGCUUCUUGAUGAAGAGAAGACUGAGAAGGCAAAAGCCGUUUUUCGUACUUUGCUUCGUUGUGGGUAUAACUACGAUGAAGUAGCUUGGAAAGUUCUCCUUGAUGGUUUACUUAAGAGGGGUCUUGUCAACAUAUGCUCUGAGCUCGUAAGCAUCAUGGAGAAGAUGGGUUGCCAGCUUCAUCCUCAGACAUAUUCGAUGUUGAUUGAGGGAAUUGAUGGACCGUAAAAUACUGAUAUUUGAUGUUGGUGUUUUCUGGGUUUUAAAUCUUUAUCUGUGAGCACUACAAGCAAAGUAAUUUUAAAAAAUUAUAUUCACAGCGAUUUUGUGUAAGCGCUAUGAAUUGUGAAUACGAGCAUUUACACCUAGUUAUUUAUGUAUCGGGAGAAUGUGACACAAGAUUUGUAGUCUUUCAAGUGUUUUAUUUGCUAUGUGAAUAUACUUUCUCUUCAUUCAGUGAGUACAUAUAUCAUAUGUUUCUCUGGGACGAGGACCUUGGCAUUGAGGAUUUUGACAAAAAAUGAUAUCUAGCAAUUGUUCGGGAAGAGGGACUUCAAAUGUCACAACUUGCAGUUGGCUGCCAACUAAGAGCCGUAUCAUUCAGUCAAUGCAUGCAUGAAGAAAUCAGAAGUGCAGUGGCAAAUUGCUUUUAUGAGUAAGGAAGUCAAAAUUGGGUUGCGUCAACUCUGCACAUUAUCUUGUCUUUAUGGGGAGAUCGAACGAAAAAUGUUUCUGUCAUCGGCUCUGAAUGGUUUAUCAUAGUUUUCAUACAUGGCAUCGCAGAUGACAUUAAGGCAAGUAGCCAAGUAUCAGCCUCUUCAGGUUUUUAACUGAUUGGAAUGGCAAUGAUGACAAAUUGUCUGGUUUGUCACGGUUUGGGUCCUACCCAUGUAUAGCAGGAUAAGCUCACCUUUGGUGUUGAUGUUCCAUGUUGUCACACUUUCCAUCUAUUCAUUUGCACAGGUGAAUAUUGCCCUACCUCCUCAAAAAAAGACUCAAAAGUAUGUGUGUUUGGUUGACCCAUAUCAGUUGGUGGCCAUUCUUAUACUCAAGUCAAUAGAGACCAGAAAUCUGUCAUUGUGCAUGCAAAUAUCUGGUGCAGAACCAAAGGAGAACCAGCUGGGGGAGCUCAGAAGCGGUUGGUAUCCUACUCAACAGCCUUACCUGGCAUGAUGCAUCUCAAACAAUAUAUAGAACUUUCUGAUGAACGAUACGACAGCUGAUUAAAAGUAUAUCAAGUGUGAUUAGGAACUCCUUAACUGAUUGUGAAAUUAAAAAUAUUUCUUCUCCAUAAGCUUCGAGACGCUCCUCAUGAAAACGGCAUAAGCAUUUUUUGUUGUUGCCUCACACAUUUUUCAGUUACAUUUGGGAGAAAGUAUAUUAGCUAAUGCCGUAGCCAAAGGACAUUUUAUUCAUUUGCUGGUUUCUCUUCUGUUUUUUGUGUUUUUUUUCUUCCCAAAA